AUGGCCAGCAUAUUCUCAAGAACCCCGGCAUCAGCGACGCCAUUGUCGAAAAGGCCUACCUCAAGCCCACCGAUGUCGUCGUCGAAAUCGGUCCUGGUACCGGUAACAUCACCGUCCGCGCCCUGGAAAAGGCAAAGAAGGUCAUUGCCAGUAUGCCGCCCCCCUUCCUUCCUUCCUUCCUUUCUUCCACCCCCUACCCCCUUUUCAAGUACUAAUGUUCCCUCUUUCUCAGUCGAUAUCGACCCCCGCAUGGGCGCCGAAGUAACCAAGCGCGUCCAAGGCACCCCCCUGGCCAAAAAGCUCGAAGUCAUCCUCGGUGACGUGAUCAAAAUGCCCGAAAUGCCCCCCUGCGACGCCCUCAUCUCCAACACACCCUACCAAAUCUCCUCUCCUCUGAUCUUCAAGAUGCUCGCCAUGCCCAACCCUCCCCGCGUGGCGGUCCUCAUGUUCCAGCGCGAGUUUGCCAAACGCCUCGUCGCCAAACCCGGCGACGCGCUCUACUCCCGUCUGUCGGUCAAUGUCAACUUUUGGGCCACCUGCAAGCACAUCAUGAAGGUGGGGAAACAAAACUUUAAGCCGCCUCCCAAGGUGGAGAGUGACGUUGUUAGGAUUGAGCCGUUGAUUGGGUCGGCGAGGCCGAAUAUUGCUUUUGAUGAGUUUGAUGGGUUGUUGAGGAUUGCGUUCAACAGGAAGAACAAGACGUUGAAUGCGUCAUUUGCGAUCAAGGAGGUUUUGGCCAUGUGUGAGAGGAAUUACAAGGUGUAUUGCUCGUUGAAUAAUAUUCCUGUUGAUGAAGGGGCUGCUGCGGGGACGGGGGCGGUGGUGGGGGAGGAAGAGGGGAUGGAUGUUGAUAUGGAUGAUGAUGGAGCGGAUGCGGAUGAUAAUGAGGAGGAGGAGGAGGAUGAUAACGGGAUGGAUGUGGAAGACGAUGAGGAUAUGCCCGAGUUUUUCAAGGAGAUGAAGGACGAGGAGGACAAGGCCGCCGUUGCCAAAACGCCGAGCAGGAACCCCAAGUCAAAGGUUGCGAUGGUGGUCAAGGCCAAGGUCAACAAGGUGCUUGCGAGCACGGGGCUGGGGGAGAAGAGAGCGAGGCAGUGCGAUCAGAACGACUUUUUGAAGCUAUUGGUGGCGUUCCACGAGGAGGGUAUUCAUUUCUCCUAG